AUGAAAUUUGGUAAGCAAGUCAGAGAGAAAUACUUUUCGUUACUUGAUCCUAACUUGAAUCCAAUCAACCAUGGUUCAUAUGGUUUAACUCCACUUCCAGUUUACAAUGAAUUCAUCAGACUGAUAAGGGAAGAUUAUGCAUUUCCCGAUAAGUAUAUGAUCGACACUCAAGGGACCGAAUACUUAAAUGCCGUGAAAACUGUAGGAGAGAUCGUCAAAUGUGAUUAUCAUAAUAUUGCCAUGACUGAUAAUGCCACGAGUGGUAUUAACACUAUAUUCCGUAGUAAGGAAUGGAAAAAGACGGACAAAGUUUUGAUUACCUCCGUAGUUUAUGAUAGUUGUGAACAUGCGUUGAGAUAUAUGCAAAGGACUUUUGGUUUUGAAGUCAUAAAGAUCGAUUUGGAUGUUGCAAAAGACGUAUUCAAACAAUUUAAACAAGCCGUGGAAGAGAAUCCUGGUAUCAAUAUGGUUAUGUUUGAUUUGAUUAGUUCCAUGCCUGCGGUCUUGUUUCCUUACAAGGAAUUAGUUGCAUAUUUCAAAUCCAAAAAUAUUAUCUCUGUUAUUGACGGAGCUCAUGGAAUUGGUUUAUUACCAUUAAAUUUAGGAGAAUUAGAUCCUGAUUAUUUUGUUUCAAAUUUACAUAAAUGGUAUUACUGUCCAAGACCAUUAGCUUUCAUGUAUGUCAGUAAAAAGCAUUUCAAGGAAAUUCAGCCAAUGCCAAUCAGUCAUGUAUAUGAUACUGAACAUGUUACUGAGAACACCUUGAUUGACAAAUUCAAAUUCUUAGCUUCAAAAAAUUAUGCCUAUUAUAACUGUGUAGGUGCUGCUAAAAAAUUCAGAGAGAAUUGGGGGGAUGAAGAGAUUUGGUCCUAUUGCGAUAAUUUAAAGAAAGAAGUUGUUGAAUGGUUGACUAAAAGAUGGGGAACCAAACAAUUCGGUAACGAAAUUCUUCAAAUGGCCAACAUCGAAAUUCCUAAGAAAUUUAACAUUCCUCGUGAAACCACUGAACUUUUUAAGAAAGAUAUGUCUAAGACCGGUGAAUAUGCCCAAGUUGCUUACUAUAAAGACAAAUUCUUAAUCAGAUUAUCAUUUCAAAUUUAUAAUGAAUUUGAAGAUUACGUUAAAGCUAUUGAAGCUUUGGAACCUUUGUUAUUGAAUUAUCAAGGAAGAAAUAAACUCUAG